GUGGUUGCACCCGAUUCAAGAGCCGAAUGGCUCACAGGGCUAUACCCAAAUAAAGAAACUGAAACUGAGCCUCUACAUUAGCACCGCUCUCUGGCCCUCCUCCUCUGACCUUCUCCCUCUCUCUGUAACCCACAGUCUGCGUGUGUGCAGAGGGGACUUUCAUGAACCACGAGGGAGAGUGUGUUCCGGGCAUCGAGUGCCCAUGCUACACAGGUCACGACAUUGUCCCGCCUGGGAAAUUCUACUGGGUCGGCGAUCUAGCCUGUGCUUGCGAGUACGGAGUUCUCAGGUGCGAAAACCCCAUCACCAUGCUCGGCGGAAGAAUGCGACGUGAAAGCCCCCUCCAGGUCGAAAAUGCCCUCCAACUCCUGGUUGAUGGCAGUGCCCUGAGAGGGAGGAGCCACGCGAAGGCCUGCGAGAGGACCUGCCAGACCAUCAACUUGCCCUGCCCGCCAUGCGAAUUGGACUGCCCAUGCGGGGAUGGACUCAUCCCAGACGACAACGGCAACUGUAUCCGGAGGAUUGCUCGUGCCGGCACCACGGCAUUGUCUAUGGCAAGGGGGAUACAAUCAAGGUGGACUGCAACGUGUGGUGAGCGAGUGGAGGCUUAGCGCGGCGCGGCUGUCCCGAGCCUGGUGGCUGCGCGUUAAGAUGGCUACCGCUUUGUGUGUGGGGGGGGGGGGGAAGACAACAUCAUUUCUUCACCUGCAUAGGUUUAGGACGCAGAAACUUGAAUUACGGUGCGUCUUCCGACAAGACUCCGAGCACGUUUGGACAUGGUCCAGUUUCCAGUGUCAUUUUGGCGCAGCGAGCUUUUGUAUAAUUAUUAAGUGCGUUGGUGAAUUUUGUACCGGUUAAACCCCGUUGAAUGUGGCUGAUAAGGAGGAAAAAGACACACGGGCAAGCGACGCGUCUACUGUUUCUGCCAUUUAUGGGAGAAUAAAACGUAUCCAAUUUGCGAGGACGGGGUUUUCCAGGAGCGCAUUCGUGACAUUGUGAAAGCAGCCGGGACCCGCCUGUGACGUCAUAUCCGGGCGGCGCAGAAGCCACCUACUUUUGAUUCUCCUUAGACUUGACCAAAUACCCGUUGGGAUAUACAUUUUUUUGUUAUUCCGAGAGAAAAUAUUGGGCUAGGGGGUUUGAAGGGCCCGCCGCCCCCUCCCUUUGAGACGUCGCGCGCGUGCGCGGGUGCAACACGUGCGGCAGCGGCGCGUGGAGCUGCAACUCGGCCGAGUGCCCUGGCACGUGCCGCAUGUACGGGGACAGCCACUACGUCACCUUCGACGGCAAGAGGUUCGUCUUCGACGGGAACUGCGACUCCAGCAUCGUGCAGGACUGCUGCUCCACAGCCGAGGGCAACUUUCAGGUCAUCACCGGCAAGGACUGCAGCGCUGUGGACUCGAGCUGCUCUAAGGCGAUCCGCUUCUACAUCAAGGAUUACAACGUGGAGGUUCACAUGGUGGCCGGGGAGGUGAUGGUGGUGCCCGUGGCCGGAAAGAUCCCGGCGAUGGUGGAUGACCUGACCAUCCACUUGGUGGGGCUCUACCGCAUCGUGCAGACCGGCAUCGGCAUCAUGGUCAUGUGGGACCGGCGCACGAGCAUCUUCGUCAAGGUCGACUCCAAGUACAAGAACCAACUGCAUCGAAGGACAAGACACCCGCACCUUCAACCUCCAGCAACAAUCACCCCAAAAGGGCCAGUGACACCCAAACCCCCGGUUGAGGAAAAGCCAACAAAGCCAGCUCCUGAAGAGAGUGGCGCUCCUCGUCAAGAACCAAUUGGAGCGAAGGACAAGACACCCCCACCUCCAACCUCCAGCAACAAGGAGCCAGAACCAUCACCCCCAACUCCAGGCCCAGAAGACUGUACUCCAGGCUGGUCUGAUUGGUACGAUGAGCAAUAUCCUGAUGAAGAAAAUGGCGGAGAUGAGGAAUCUUACCAGAAGGUCAUAACCUCAGGGAAAGUGGUUUGUCUGCAUGACUCACCAGUGCAAAACAUUGAUUGCAAAGCAGAGAGAUUCCCCAAUACCCCAUGGCAGGAAUUGGGCCAGACAAUAACUUGUGACAAGAAUAGAGGACUGAAAUGUGUAAAUGAGGAUCAAGGAGGACUGCCAUGUUACAACUACAAGGUCAGAUUCUGCUGCUCCAGAGCAGGUGGACCUCCUGCACCAAGUCCAUCUUCACGAAGCCCAGUGACACCGAAACCCCCGGUUGAAGAAAAUCCAACAAAGCCAGCUCCAGAAGAGAGUGGCGCUCCUCCUCAAGAACCAACUGGACCGACGGACAAGACACCCCCACCUCCAACCUCCGGCAACAAGGAGCCAGAACCGACACCCCCUGAAGGGCCAGUGACACCCAAACCCCCGGUUGAGGAAAAGCCAACAAAGCCAGCUCCUGAAGAGAGUGGCGCUCCUCCUCAAGAACCAACUGGAGCGAAGGACAAGACACCCCCACCUCCAACCUCCAGCAACAAGGAGACAGAACCAUCACCCCCAACUCCAGGCCCAGUGACACGGAAACCCCCGGGAGAGGAAAAGCCAACAAAGCCAGCUCCUGAAGAGAGUGGCGCUCCUCCUCAAGAACCAACUGCACCGAAGGACAAGACACCCCCACCUCCAACCUCUGGCAACAAGGAGCCAGAACCCUCACCCUCAGGAGGACCAGUGACACCGAAAUCCCCGGUAGAGGAAAAGGCAACAAAGCCAGCUCCAGAAGAGAGUGGCGCUCCGCCUCAAGAACCAACUGCACCAAAGGACAAGACACCCCCACCUCCAACCUCCGGCAACAAGGAGCCAGAACCUUCACCCUCAGAAGGGCCAGAGGAAAAGCCAACAAAGCCAGCUCCAGCAGAGAGUGGCGCUCCGCCUCAAAAACCAACUGCACCAAAGGACAAAACACCCCCACCUCCAACCUCCGGCAGCAAGGAGCCAGAACCCUCACCCUCAGGAGGGCCAGUGACACCGAAAUCCCCGGUAGAGGAAAAGGCAACAAAGCCAGCUCCAGAAGAGAGUGGCGCUCCGCCUCAAGAACCAACUGCACCAAAGGACAAGACACCCCCACCUCCAACCUCCGGCAACAAGGAGCCAGAACCUUCACCCUCAGAAGGGCCAGAGGAAAAGCCAACAAAGCCAGCUCCAGCAGAGAGUGGCGCUCCGCCUCAAGAACCAACUGCACCGAAGGACAAGACACCCCCACCUCCAACCUCCGGCAGCAAGGAGCAAGAACCCUCACCGUCAGGAGGGCCAGUCUACAUUCUGCUCCAUCAACCCAUGAAGACAUCACAACAUCAAAACGCGAGUACAUCAUGAAGACAUGGGUUUAGAGUGGACAGAUAUCGAUAGUCACCACUGAGAUAGUUGAAGCACUGAAGCCAGACAUCACCAGUUGAUAUCAACAUGGACAUCAAUACGGGAGGCGUCAUUGACACAGCGAGGCCGUUGUAUUCAAGGACCAGAGCUCCCACGUGCCCAAGUUGAUAGCCAAACAAGGUUGCACUGUUAUUAAAAAUACUCUUGUAAUUGAAAACAACGCUGCUCUACAUUGGAGCUCAUGCAGUGAAUGGGCUCUGUGGAUGAGAGCCCAUUCAAUGGAUAGAGAUGGGGUGAAGGGUAGGUUUAAGGCCUCCGAGUCACUGCAGCAUUACUUUCUUAACAUCGGUAUCUAAAAUAAAGUGUGCACCUGUUACUCAGAGCUUUUGAGGCACGGGUGGUGGGUAAAGCAGCUCAUGUGUGUGGUAGCCAUCGACCAGCAGGCCAACCAGUUGAUCUACAGAGCCAAGUACAGUAAUCAGGUUCCUCAACUAAAUGUGGAAUUUUGAUUUAAAGCUUUCGUGACUGCAGUAAUUCAUAUUCUUAGCUCUUUUGGUAAAGUCACGUUGAAGGGAAACAAUAAAAUAAUAAUAUAUAUAUAAAACAAUAAAAAUUC